UUGAUGAAGUGAUAGUUUUUUUUAUUGAAAUGAGAUAUGGUAUUGCAUGGUAUCACCAGAGUAAAAUAUAGAAUUUCUCAACAUGAACACAAUAAUUAAUUAUGUGUCAAGUGGCAUCUCCAUUAGCAAUUUGCCGCAAUAAAUAUGUUUUCUACUUCAAAAUUAGAAUUAGGGUCCACUUAAAUAUUAAUUAUAGAAAUUAAAUGUCAAAAGUAAAAAUAUUUCAAAAUAUGGGAACAGGAGAGACUUAGAAAAUUAAGGACAUGUUUGAGAUUUUAAGUAGAAGAAAGGGCAUACUUGUUUUGCCAGAGAGUAGGAAGCAGAGACUCUAUAUAUAGUAAGCUGCAGUUGCUGGUUAGACUUGAGGGAUAUAAUCUAGAGCAGAAGACAAGGAAACAUAAAAAGCCAUAAAACUAUGGGAAGGUCUCCUUCCUGUGAUGAGAGUGGCCUCAAGAAGGGCCCUUGGACUCCUGAAGAAGAUCAGAAACUUGUUAGUUAUAUACAGAAACAUGGUCAUGGAAGCUGGAGAGCUCUCCCCAAGCUUGCAGGUCUUAACCGAUGUGGGAAGAGUUGCAGGCUAAGAUGGACAAAUUAUUUGAGGCCUGAUAUUAAGAGAGGGAAGUUUUCCCAGGAUGAAGAACAAACUAUUCUCGACCUUCAUUCCAUCCUUGGAAACAAAUGGUCAGCAAUUGCAAGCCACCUACCGGGGAGGACAGAUAAUGAAAUAAAAAAUUUUUGGAACACCCAUUUGAAGAAGAAGCUCAUCCAGAUGGGGUUUGAUCCAAUGACUCACAGGCCACGGAGUGACAUCUUCUCAAGCCUGCCUCAUCUCAUGGCUUUGGCUAACCUAAAAGAGCUCAUGGAUCAUCAGUCAUGGGAGGAGCAUGCUAUGAGGCUGCAAACAGAAGCUGCUCAAAUGGCUAAGCUUCAAUACCUCCAAUACCUCCUCCAAACCCCACCUGCUUUACCUGCUUCAAUAAAUCCAACUUUCACUGAUAUGGAAACCAUUACUCUUCUGAACUCAGUUUCAUCAAUCAAGGAAGAUUCAGCAUUGAGUUCAUCCCAGUUUGAUCUAGGAAGUACUAUGGCCUGUCAUCAGGGGAUCACUGAAACUACCCCCUUUUCUCAUUUGCCAAACCUUCAAGUUCCAGAAUACUCUCCAGUACUGAACCAUGAGAGCUUAGCCAAUUCUCCAUGGCUUGGUUCUUUCUCAACUCCUUCUCCGCCGUCUAUGGCUCCUUCAGUGACAGGGACUUUGAUCAACAAUUUGGGUGAUGCUUCUUCAAGCUAUGGCGCUGGAGCUGCUUGGCCUGAUGGACUCCUCCUCGAAGACACACUAUUUCAUGAGAUUGCCUAGUGUCUAAUCUGUUUAGCAAACCUUCAAGGUUUGCACUUGCACCACCAAUUUUCUAGAUAAAUAUGUACAAUUAUCUUGACUUGAACACAUAUAUUGUCCAUUACAUAUACAAUGUAUAAUCCUAUAUAAUUCCUAAACCACAUCGACCGUCAUUGUAAAUAAAUCUGCAUGCUUUGA